UGCUGCGCCCUUCCGGCCCCGCCCCGCGGCCCCGCCUGACCCGCGCCCCGCGCCCAUGGCGGCCGAGCGCCUCCCGAGCCGACCCGCCUGCCUGCUCGUGGCCAGCGGCGCCCCCGAAGGUGUCUCCGCGCAGUCCUUCUCGCAGUGCUUCACGCUGGCCGGGGCCACCUUCAACCUGCAGGUGGUCACCCCUGGGGGGAAGGCCAUGGACUUCGUGGACGUGAACGAGAGCAACGCGCGCUGGGUCCAGGACUUCCGCCUCAAGUCCUACGCCAGCCCCGCCCGGCUCGAGUCCAUUGACGGUGCCCGGUACCACGCCCUCCUGGUGCCCAGCUGCCCUGGGGCCCUGGCCGACUUGGCCAGCAGCGGCUCCCUGGCCCGCAUCCUGCAGCACUUCCACGCCGAGAGCAAGCCCAUCUGUGCCAUCGGCCACGGUGUCGCUGCGCUCUGCUGUGCCACCGGCGAGGACGGCUCCUGGGUGUUUCGUGGCUACAGCCUGACGGGGCCCUCCGUGUACGAGCUGGUCCGGGCCCCCGGCUUCGCCCGCCUGCCCCUGGUCGUGGAGGACUUCGUCAAGGACGCGGGCGCCAGCUUCAGCGCCAGCGUCCCCGGCGCGGUGCACGUGGUCCUGGACCGCCACCUGGUCACCGGCCAGAACGCCAGCUCCACGGGCCCCGCGGUGCAGAACCUGCUCUUCCUCUGCGGCGGCAGGAAAUGAGGCCUGGAGCCCUGGAACCUUGACCAGGCCCUGGUGUCCACAGAGGCCCCAGACGCCGGACCGUCGACCUCCCUCCAGCUGGUGGGGCUUGAGACAGCCGGAGGGUGACCUGGGGAAUUGCUGGAGCCCCUGCGCUG